AUGUUCACAGAUGAUGUAGAUGUGGGGUUGGAAAAAUACCCUACUGCCUACGUCCGGGGGGUCAUUGAAGGGGUGGAAGCGUCAGUGUUGGUUGACUCUGGGGCUUCUGUGUCUUUAAUUAGUUCCGAUUUCCGUAUGGCGGUUCCCACACUGCGCGGACGGCCAUUGAAGAAGGACUUUAUUGGCUCACGGGCAGUAAAUGGACAGACACUAGACACACUGGGCACUAUAGACGUGUCUCUUCACUUGGGCCGGGCCUCUUGGCGGCACACUUUUCAUGUGCUGAGGGAGUCUACUCAGGCGGUCCUAUUGGGGUUGGACUUUCUGGCAGUGAACAGGGCGUUGCUCGACCUGGGGCGGGGGGUUUUGGAGAUCGGUGAUACGUGCCUCCCCUUGCUUUACCAGGCUCAGCUUGUCCCUGAGUGCUGCAAUGUAUCUCUGGCCGAUGAUGUGAUUAUACCUCCCUUAAGUGAGGCUUUGGUGCCAGUGCAUGUGCGUCCACCGGGUGGUGCUAACAGGCCAGUAACUGACUUUGAGGGCUACUUGGAACCAAAUGUCCCAGAUUCGGCUGGUUUAGUCGUAGCUCAUACCGUGGCUAAUGUGAAGAAUGGGGUUACUGUUGCGUUUGUUCUCAAUCCCUCUGGGAAAGCAGUGGAGCUCAAGCAAGGGCUGCACAUAGGGGAAUUUUAUCCUAUUCACGAGGUUGGUGCACCAUCGGUGGUGCCCACUUCACAUAAAUCUUCUGUCCCGUGUAUGGUCACAGACUCUCCAGUCAACGAGCGGCAGAGGGCUGAAUUACAGGAGCUUUUGAGUCGUUUUAGUAACGUGUUUAGUACCCCAGAUGUGAACACUGGGAAGUGCUCUUUAAUCCAACACCACAUUUGCACUGGUGAUAACCCCCCAAUUAAGCAGCGGGCAUAUCGGACGUGUCCUGAGAAAAGGGCAGAGAUUGAGCGUCAGGUGGGUCAGCUACUGGCAGAUGGCCUGGUGGAGGAGAGCUUCAGUCCCUGGGCCUCACCAGUCGUGCUCGUCAAGAAAAAAGGGGGUCAGUGGAGGUUCUGUAUCGAUUACCGCCGUCUUAAUGCGGUUACAAUUAAAGAUUCGCACCCGCUGCCGCGUGUGGACGACAGCUUGGAUGCGCUGGCCGGGUCAAUGUGGUUCAGCACAUUGGACUUUUCGAACGGAUACUGGCAGGUGGAAGUUGCCGAGGAGGAUCGUGAAAAGACCGCCUUCACGACCGUUUACACCGAUGCGUCAAAGGACGCUGUUGGGGCGGUACUGGCGCAGGAGAAUGACGGUUUGGAACAUGUAGUGGCCUACGCCAGUCAAGCCCUCACUCACACCCAGAAACGCUGGUCCACCUUUGACCGUGCACUGUGGGCGGUUGUCUGGGCUGUGCACGAGUUUAAACAUUAUGUGGGGCUGUCAGCAUUCACUAUUGAUACUGACCAUCGUCCUCUACUAGGCCUUCGUGGCAUGUCCAUUGACAAUGACCCUACUGGUAAACGGGGGCGGUGGAUCCUGGAGUUGGAUCCCUUUAAUUGGGCCAUCAUCCACAAGGACGGAUCACGGCAUUUGAAUGCGGAUGCGUUGUCCCGCCGCCUGCUGAGGCCACAGCUCCUGCCAUUGACUGUGUGA